AUGUAUGAUGCAGCAAGGGUGCCAUCUCCCAAGGAUGGUACAAACGGGGUGAGCAAGCCACUGGUCCCGGCGGCACGACCAGAGAUGGGGGCAACCACGGAAGCGACGGGCGCAACGCCGACUACAGCCCUACAAGCAAAGAGUGAAGAAGCGCAACCAGGCGAAGAAGAAGAAGAGCCUAAAUCACUGCCAGUCUUGGUGAAAAAGCCACGGAGGGAGAUAUUGGACCAUGACAGGAAAAGGAGGGUAGAACUUAAAUGUAUGGAGCUCCAAGAAAUGAUGGAAGAACAAGGGUACACCGAGGAGGAGAUUCGACAGAAAGUCAGCACAUUCCGACAAAUGCUGAUGGACAAAGAGGGGGUCAUCACCAGAGAUGGAUCACAACCAGUGAUCAACCACACACAUUACUACCCUGAGGAUGACGGCGAAUUGGCUGGUGACGAUGAGGGAGACUACUAUGCCGAUGACUAUCAGAGUGACAACAGAGUCAAGAGGAAAUCAAGCAGCUCUCCAUCCCCACGUCGAAAAAAAAGAAAGAAGAAGAAAUCUGGACGUCGAAGAAGUCGGUUUGGCAGCUCAUCACCGAGCCGCAAGGAGAAGAAGAAAAAGAGUGGCAAGAAACACAAGCGUGACAGGUCGCCAUCAGGCUCCAGCAAAAAGAGGAGGUACAGGUCGGGCAGCCCAAAGGACAAACAUAAAGACAAGAAUAAACAGAAAAAGAGGUCCCCCGCCGAGACCCCCAGAAGGAGCGCGCAGCGCCAAGGCAGCUGCUACAGCAGCCGCAGCGCGUCUCUGUCAUCCACCGGGAGCACCUCCAAAUCUCCCAGCAGACACAAGAAGGGUGGAAAGAAGGCAGCAAGCGCUUCGCUAUCUCCGGGCCCCGACAGCCCCGCGGCUUGCCAUAAUGGCGACCCCACCCAGCGCGCUCACAAUUGCCACAAAAGCAGCAGCAGCAGCAGACUCAACCACACAGAGGGUGAUAAGGUGCAAGAUAAGCUCCGGAUAGCGGCCACCGGCUCAGCGAGCAUCCAGUCCACUUUAGCCAAAGAGCAGAAGCUCCAUAGCGCCUCCAGCAGGAGCAAAUCGGUGCAGAUGUGCACCACAGGUGAAGGUGGAAGCGAGGACAGCGUGAGCACCAGGAGAGCCGCUCAGCGAGGACGUAAUAAGAGCUGCCACUCUCCUGCUCACAGCAGCGACUCGGCACGUUCGCACCAUAACCACACUCACAGAGGAGGGAGGAGCGGCCGCCAUCAGAGAAAGACGAAAAGCAGUCAUUCCUCCAAGCGUCACCAUCGCUCCGGUCGAGGUCAAGCGCACAACCGCAGCCCGUCGGCCUCGCCGGGCCGCCGCUCUCGCACGUCCAGCAGAAAGAAAGAAGUGUCGCGGAGCAAACAGAGACAUCGCAGCAGCUCUUGGAGCAGCGGACAUUCGUCGCUUGCGCACAGAGACCGAGGCGUCAGCAAGAUCAAAUCUCCUCACAACAGACAGAACACCUCCAGAGAGAGGGACAGCCCCAACCGCUGCGACAGCGACGCCGACAGCCGGGCCCGCCGCCGUUCUCGCAGUUACUCGCCCAUUCGCAAACGGAGGAGAGAUUCCCCCAGUUUCAUGGAGGCUCGCAGGAUUACCAGUGCUCGGAAACGUCCCAUCCCGUACUACCGGCCGAGCCCCUCGACGUCCAGCUACGACAGCAGCCCUUCCCGCUCCAGCCGCAGUCGCAGCUACAGCAGCUACAGUCCGAGUCGCAGCAGGAGUCGAAGCAGGAGCAGGAGUCGAAGCCGUAGUCGCAGCUGGAGUCGCAGCCGCAGUUGGAGUCGCAGUCGAUCUCGCAGUUAUUCCAGCCACAGCAGCUACGACAGUCCAGGCUUCUGA